AUUACGUGCAGUUCCAGCUCUCUUCGACAGUGUUACUGUCAUGUUCUGCUACAUGAAAGUCCUCUCAGCUUUUCUGUGUUUACUUUUGCUUCACCAAAAUGCAAGCGCAUCUUGUCCACCAGGUCAGAGGCUCAGUUAUAAUACGAAAAUUUGUGAGGCGUGUCCACUAGAACAAUACAGCUCUAUACCUGGAACACAUUUGGCUUGCCAGAACUGCAACAAAUGUAAAAAAGGUAGUAAGGAAAUCAAGGCUUGCACACCUACCAGUGACACUCAGUGCAAAUGUACAAAAGGCUUUACACCCAUUGAUCGGCUAAAGGAAGAUUUUUGUGCUUGUGAAAAAGGUUCUGGAAUAGAUGAAAGAGGAAUAUGCAAAAAAUGUCAGGAUGGCUCCUUCACAGACAAACGUGACUCGUUUUGUAAAAAAUGGAGAGAGUGUAAAAGUGGGAUUGCAAACCAAGGCACCAGCACUUCUGAUGUUGUCUGCAAUAAUGCCUCGAAAGAGGUGACAGAACCUCCCAAAGCCCAUACUACCCCAUUUCAGACAACCACAAUCUCUUCCACGGCCGCUUCAAGAACUACAGUCUCCUCUCCCAACAACACAAAAAAAGACGGCUUCUACGGCUUGUGGCUGGUUAUGCCAUGUGCUGGUGUUAUUCUGCUGGCUGGACUCCUGUACCACAAGUGUAAAGUCACCCACUGUAUUCAUAACCACAAGAAAGUGGAUUUUCGAAAAGAAAGUGUAUGCAGAAAGCCUGUUGAAGAAUCUGGGGAAAAGUGCCUGUCUUCGCUUGUCUAACACAGUUGUUAAUGGUCUCAGUGUUUCUUUUUGUGGAAUAUUUUGUAUGCAUGUAAUAUUAGUUGUUAUAUAACUAGUUAAAUUGCUGUUAACUUCAUAAAAUUUCCACUUAAUAACACCACUUAAAGGGAUA